ACUCAGAGGGCGAGGCGGGCGGCUCGCUGUCGGCGGAGGCGCUGGCGGCGCAGGUGGCCCGCUUCAAGCGAGUGUCACUACGCAAGCUGCGCGCCUGGCGCUCCUGAGUGUGGCAGGUCUUCCAGCGUCUGGGCACUCGUCUGAGCGCGCACCGCGCCUCUCUCUCGACCUCCUACGGGUCGCUGUGGGAGAUCUUCCGUCCUGAGGCUCCUCGUCAGCAGCCGCAGCCGCAGCCGCAGCCAGCCAGGUCGCCUGUGAGGCUGGCCAGCCAUUUGCUGCAGGUAAUUCAGGAGACAGUGUUCUCCAAAAAGUUCGAGGAGUCUCCCAAAAGGUGCCCGCUAGUGAAAGAAGAAUCAGACUUGACCUGUUCAGAUGAAGAGGAAGACAGAAACGACAAGAGAAUUGCCAAUUUAAUAGAUUUUUUUUUUACCAUUGUGAAAAGUCAAAAGAAUGAAGACCACAGGAAGGGAAGUGGCGGCAGUUGCUUCAAAAGUGAAGCGAGUCCCACAGAAGAAGUUCAUAACUACGUGCCUAGAGUCAAUAAAGAACUAGAGGAAAAGAUGGAAACGCUUAUAGAGUUUUUAGCCACAACAGGAUGCAUAGACGCUGAAGGAGAUGCGAGCAAAGAUGAAAAGAAAAUCACACUUAUGGAGUUCUUAUUCGGGCCCGAAGACCGUAAAGAAGCUAAACCUAUAGUCGAAAUAAACUUUCAAAAAGAUAAAAACUGUAUCAGCUUAUCUGAUUCUAACAUGGACGUGAAAGGUCUGUCGUAUAUUGAUGAGACACCAGGAGAAGAUACCAAUGAGACACUGGUCGAAAUGUUACUCAAAUACAUGGAAAAUUACAAUAGCACAGACAAAUAUCACGAAACCACCAAAUCUAUGUCCGUGACACCUUCUUUGUCGGAAAAAUCCAAAUCAGAUAUAACUAUUAGUAGAUUAGAGACCUGUAGUGAUAUGAGCAAAACUAAAUCAGAUUCGUCUUUAGCUAGAACCAUAGACACAGUAAUAGAUAGAUUCGAUGAUAUGAAAUCGGAUAAGUUCGUGGAAUCGCGGCGAAUAUCCGAAACUUUCGUAGACCUGAGCCAUGUGAAAGACGAUUUGGAAAGUAUAUUAAUGGAUGCGACACAAACAGUUUGCGAAUUGAAACAGAUACCAGUGCCUGAAGACGAUACUAUGACGGAUCAAGAAGAUGUUGAGAACUUUGCAGCUUACACCAAACCAGCUCCUUUAUAUGCGCAAUAUUUACCGUACAGCUUCGAAUUAUCAGAUAUUCUUGAAGAAGAUGAGCCAUCUUCAAGAGAUAUAGAAAGAAGGUUAUCUAAAGACGACAGGGUCAUUUACGCGAGACAUCUAGCAGUAGAUGUCAUAAGAGACAUUGAAAAUAAAAUUCAAACGUACUCGUUCGAUGAGGACAGUUCAGAAACAUCUUCAGAGUCAGAAUACAGCCAAGGGAGGGAGUGCAAUUUGAAAAGGUCGUCCAUAAGCCUGAUAGAUCUUCGAAACAUACCCGAUCUGCCUCCGAGCAUGAUGAUGAAGCCCAAAGUUGAGAGGAUCGAUAAAUCGACGUCCACCACAGAAAUAUCGGAAUCUAUUUCGGACAUAUCAAGAAGAAUCGACUCGGCUUGCAUGACUGACGAUACAACACUCUCAUCUAGUUCAGGGAAAACCGAACGAGCGUUAGAAAAAAUGGAGUCUUUACACAAGAUUUUCUCCAAAUCACGUCUAGAAAUUAUAGAUGAGAGUUUAGAAGACAAUGCGGAUAGGAACAAGGCACAUCAUGCCCAGGUGUUUCUUGAUUCUGACACGUUUGAAUCGAGAAAUAUGGAUUCUAAAGCCGGUCAGGCUAGUCUGGACGACGUAGAAGAUUUGUUAGACGAUAACGAUAAUGGAAGAAAUAUGGUUGAUGAAGACAGCGUCUCUGUAUGAAUAUGAACUGUCCAAUGAUUUCAAAAGUAAGGAUACGCCCGUCAGAACGUUUUGUCUAAAGAAAAUGACACCCGCGCGUUGGCCAUAAUUCAUACAAAUGAUGACAGAUUUAUGAGAUUUUAGGACCAACGCGAUGGUGUCAUUUUCUAGAGCGGUUGGGCCUGUCCUUACGCUAGUAAUAUACUAUAAGUCAAUGGAACUGUCGCAGAUUUUAUGACAAAGCUUGCUAGUAUGAACAAUACAUAGACCUAUUAUACGAGUAUAGGUAUUUGCACCUCUGUUAUUGGUAUUAGGUAAUUCAAUAAGGAUGACUUUUUCAUUCCAUGACGACUUUUAUACAGUCAUGUUUUUGAAUGCUGUAUCUAUCAUUUGUACAGACAGAGGCAAAUAAACCUGACCCCAGUCCGUGACUGUAUAGUAUUGUUAUCACAAGAAACGUUCUCGAGAUGAGAUUGCAAUGUUUUCUAUACAAACGGAGGUACAGAUUUUUUUUACAUCUAACUGUAUCAAUUAAUCAUAGAAAAUGUUAUUACGGUUUUCUUACACGGUCACGCAUCGUGUUUUCAGUAGAUGGUUAUGUGCAUUAAUGUCCCAUCCUAUAGUAUUCUUAUAAAUCGUACAUCUAAUUAUUUACAAGGGGCGACGAACGUGAAAAAAUUACUUACUACAUUUUUCUGUAAGAAGUUCUUAUUUUUUUUUGUCGAUAAGUAUAAUAAUUAUUUUUUUUGUAUUGCAUGAGUGAUGAAGAUGACGACUUCAAUAUUUUUUUACUUAAGUAUCUUUUACUGAAAUAAUUUACUUGUCUACAUAUUAAGUAAGUAGAUUAUCUUCUUGAGAAUCGUAUCUUUAGAAUCGUCAAUAAACAUGGUUAUUCUAAAAAAGAAACCAAAUAGUGAGAUUUUAUUAUAAUAAUAAUAUUAAGUAAGUAAUUAAUUAUAAUAGGAAAAUGUUAAUUGAAGGUAAAUUAGAAAAAUGACUCUUAAAAUUCUAAUGAUAAUAUUUUAUGUGCGUGAAAAUAUAGAAAUGCAUCUAUUUAUCAAAAGUUGGAUUUAUAUUGUCAUGCAAAAAACUACCUAACUAAGUAAAUAUUAGAGAAUUUUAUACUAUGUAUUAAAUAAUAUCAUUAUAGAUAAAUAUUUAAUGUUUAAAUUAAAUUUAUAGCAUCGUAUGGUAAUGUUAAAUUUGUAGCCCUUUUUCUAUAACUUAUUAGUCGCCUACCUAAUUUACCUACUAAUAAUUUUGUACAGUAAAGGACAGAUAAAAGUAUCCAAGCCCAAUGUAAACAGU